UAUUAGUGCCAAGGCAUACAAAAUGAGGUGACAUGAUCAAACACAGCCUUAAAGAAUUAAUUAAUUGCUGUGGAAAAUGUCCUUACCUUCCCAUGCUCAAACUCAGUUCUUGUUUAAGCCAGGACAAAUAGAUUUGAUUUAUUACAGAAAUUAUAUGAUAUAAAAAGGUGUGUGUGUGUGUGUGUGUUUGUGUGCGUGUCCAGUCAGCCACUUGUGGAGUCUUAACAGAUCCUGCAUCAGCACCUGCUCAGACAGCUCAAACACUGACAUCAUGGUACAGUAACAGUUUAUUAUUCAUAACAGAAAAUACAGCUUUUCAGACAUUUUCAUCAACCAAAUACAAAUGGUAUACGCUCUGGCUCAUAUGACAAAAGGAGAGGUUCUGUAAAACAUUUAUAUUGCAUUUUUGGAAGAUAUACUUAUUUAUUUAAUAUACAUUUUUAACCCUUUACUUACAUGUUUUCCUUCUAAAUCUUCUCAGUGGCUGCUGCGAGUGUGUUCUCUCCUCUUCUUGGUGGUUUCCUGCAAUGCAGAGUGUUACAUUUAUAAACCUCGAGUCGAUCUGUUAUCCGUCGAAAGCAUAUUAGACAACAUGAAAGGCUGUAUUGACCCUGAGGGACAAACCCAUGACUUCAACUCCGAGUGGGAACACGACUGUUACAACUGUGUCUGUGCACAUUCUGGCAUUCGCUGCUGUAACAAGAUCCCUUCAGCAAUUGAUCACCCUGAUGAAUGCGAGAUGCUUGUCGACAAAACAACCUGCUCUGUUAAUCUAGUGCUGGUUUCAGACCACAGCAAACCAUGUGUUCUUGCUUAAUACAACUGGACACAACACACAUCUACAGCAUUGCACAGGCCUCUAACUGGAUGAAAAGUCUGACAAUCAAAUAAAGACUUAAGUGAUCCUACAAUAAAA